UUCUAUUGGCGAAAGAAGAUGGUAUAUUGCCAAUGGACGAGUAGAUCGGAAGCGGGAAAUUUCUCUCUUGAGAUUUUCUUUGUGCCCAAUUUUUAACAUUUUUGAACUACAAAGCUUGAUAUGAAUGAAAUGUCUAGUUUUAGAAGUGCUUUAAUGGAAUUAUCUACAUCCGUGACACCUAAUAAUCAACAAAAUAUGUUGUGGCAUUCUAAUUCCACAUCUCCAGAAGAAGAAGUAAUUCGUCAAAGAGGUCGACGUAAGGCUGCCCAAAUAGCAGCUGCAAAUAUGCAAGCUCUGACACCACCCAAGACUCCUAAAUCUCCUCGAAAUACUAGAACACCUAGUAAGUUAAAUUCUGGAACUCCAGUGAAAGCUCUUCCAACUCGCACUUCACCUAGAAAACGUUUGAACCUUGGACAUGAUGUAUUAUCAACUGAAGAACUCUAUAGUCAAUCACGAUCUAAAAGACUAGCUAAUAUUGGUUCUCCAAAUAAACGAGCUCGACUCCAACAUUCUCCAAAACCAGUUGUUAGUCCUGAAAUUGCUAUUAAUGCAUUAAAUCAAACCCAAUUAGUUCAAUUAGUUCAUGAACUUAUUGAGAGACAACCAGAUAUAAUACAAGUAAUAAAUGACAUUCUUCCAGCAGUUGAUAUACAACCUCUAGAGGCAAAACUUUCCUAUUUACAAAAGAAUAUUUUAAAAUCAAUUCCCAGAAAUGUUUGGUCUGCAGAUAAAGAUGUUUAUUGCUAUCGCCGUGUUUGUACUCAUUUGGAUCUUUUUAAAAAAGAAUGUAUAGAACAGUGUAGCCAUCUGAUUAAUGGUCAUCAGUGGAAAGCAGUAAUGGAUUAUGUUUUAAUGGCUUGGAAAUAUGUUUGUAAACUGCCUAAUUGGGAAGACAAAUCUCAUAACAAAAUUAAAGAAAUGUGUUUUAAAACUUUAGCAAGUCAAUGUAUGAAUGCAUUAAAAAAAGGAAGUUUUGAUUCUGAUGAAUUGGAAUUAUAUGAAGAAAACAGGAUUCAGUUGCUUGAGGGAAAACCUGGAAUACCAGGACAGUUUAGAGAAUAUCAAAAAGAUUAAUUGGAGAAUUUUCAG